UAGAAGAAUGCCCAGUCCAGGCCAAAGAGUUUCAUUGAAAAUCUAAACCCCCAUUUUUGGGCGUUGAUUCAAGGCCUCCUUAAUUAUCUAGAAAGUUUCUGGCUUUGAAUGGAAUUUAGACUCAAGCGUGUUUGACUAUCUCCUGUCACUCAGGCUCAUUGAUUUCUUACCAACCCCCUCUUUAUAUGCCAUCUUGUAGAGAAGGGCAGCAGCAACAUGCACUAGCUUUCUUUCCUUGUUUCCAUUUCAUUCAUCCUUCAACAACACAAGAGUUUCAUUAGUUUUGCUAGAGAGUAAAAGCCUGAAAGCUGAAAUCAUCAUGCCAGAUACAUUAACGGAAGAUCAAAUUGCCGAGUUUCGUGAAGCCUUUUGCCUGAUUGACAAAGAUUCAGAUGGCUUCGUUACCAUGGAAGAAUUGGCAACAGUGAUCCAAACGUUAGAUGGAAACCCUACAAAAGAAGAAGUUCAAGACAUGAUUAGUGAGGUUGAUGUUGAAGGAAAUAGGACCAUUGAUUUUGAAGAUUUCUUAAAUAUUAUGGCAACAAAAAUGAAGGAAAACGUGGCCGAUGAACUGAAAGAAGCUUUCAAAGUAUUCGACAGGGAUCAAGAUGGAUUUAUAUCAGCAAAUGAGUUGAGACAAGUAAUGAUGAAUUUGGGAGAAAGACUGACAGUGGAAGAAGCAGAACAAAUGAUCAAAGAAGCAGACUUGGAUGGCGAUGGACUUGUCAGCUAUGAGGAGUUUGCCAGGAUGAUAAUGGCCUUCUGAAAUGGAUGGAAACCUGAAACUGGCUUUGGAAUUGUAAAUUUGCACCUUCUUUCUUUCUUUCGUUCUUUCUUUCUUUCUUUUCUUCGUUGGACAUAUUUCUGUCCCUUGGUGGGCAGCUUGUGCUAUUGUUGUUAAUUACUCCUACUACUACUACUAUACCUAAAAGAACUGUUGUACCGCAAAUAAUUGUAAGCGUACUUAGUACAAUAUAAUGAUGAAUGAUUAGACAAUUUUCAGGUCUACAUAGAUGAAGCAAAGUAUGGGAAAUGAAAAAGAGUGUGUUAAAUUGAAAACGUGUUCUGUUUUUUAAUCA